UUUAAACACUUUUGUCGAUGGACUCCCCAAUUGUGGCACAACUGUUUCGGCAGCUAUUCCGACAUAAGAACUGUGAGGUUUUGCGAUCCCAUUCUUCGUUGUCUCCUCGAGCAUGGAACGGGCAUGGUUCGCAGCUGAGAUGUUUGUCGACCACCAGUAGGAGGGGUAGAGGAGUGAAGGAAACAAGCAAGAAUGAAAGCCAUUGGCAGCAGAGAACGGAUAUCUUUCCGAUAGAUAUGAUGGAGGAAUUCAACAAGUAUCCCAUGGUUACAGCGGAUCAGUUGAGGGGGAGAAGAGAAAGACCAAGGCGUGUGAAGAUGCUCACGCGAGAUUUCAUCGAAGACAGUUUAUAUAAUCCGUCUUAUGGUUACUUCUCAAAGCAAGUCGUUAUCUUCACUCCUGGCGAACCUUUCGACUUCAACUCGCUCGAAGAUGAACCAGCCUUUCACCGUCUCCUGGGGCAACGAUACACAGAGUUUGAGGACGAGUUGGAUCUCAAGUCUCCUAAUGAGACUCGCCAACUAUGGCAUACACCAACGGAGCUCUUCAGACCCUACUAUGGUGAAGCUAUAGCCCGGUAUCUGAUCAAUAAUUACAAAAUAUCGCAGUACCCAUACCACGAUCUCAUAAUCUACGAGAUGGGUGCAGGGAAUGGUACUCUCAUGCUCAAUAUACUCGACUACAUUCGCGCCACAGAACCUGAGGUCUAUGCCCGCACAAAGUUUAAGAUCAUUGAGAUAUCUAGCAAUCUUGCAUCGCUCCAGAAAUCACACCUGCUACGGAAUGCCAAUUCUCGAGGACACUCGUCUAAAGUUGAGAUUAUCAACAAAUCAGUCUUUGAAUGGAACCGGAUAGUACCGUCACCAUGUUUCUUCCUCGCCAUGGAAGUUUUCGACAACUUUGCUCACGAUUCUAUUCGAUACGACCCUGUAACCGAAGAACCCCUUCAGGGCACCGUCUUGAUAUCCAACACCGGCGACUUUUACGAAUUCUACACUCCCACCAUCGAUCCCAUAGCAUCUAGAUUCCUUCGCGUACGACACGCUGCUACCAAUGGAAAAUACCCACACCCCCUUCCGCAGAACAAACUAGUGAAGACUUUGAGGAAUAAUAUGCCAUUCGCUCCGAAUCUCAGUCAGCCAGAAUAUAUACCGACGAGACUCAUGCAGUUCUUUGACAUUCUCGCCGAGUAUUUCCCAGCACAUAGAUUAGUAACAAGUGAUUUUCAUUCGCUGCCGGACACGAUCAAGGGAGUCAAUGCACCCGUUGUACAGACGAGAUAUAAAAGGAGAACAGUUCCUGUCACGACGCCUUUUGUACAUCAAGGAUAUUUCGACAUAUUAUUCCCUACUGACUUCGCUGUCAUGGAUAAUGUAUACAGAGCCAUUACAGGAAAGUUCACACAAGUGUUAUCACAUGAAGAAUUUCUGAACCGAUGGGCUUAUGUGGAACAGACGGAGACCAAGAACGGAGAGAAUCCUCUUUUGACGUGGUAUAAGAAUGCCAGUGUUCUUACCACUGUAUGAAAAUAAAACACCAAGUAAAUGUGCACAUUAUAAAAUUUCCUAUCAGCCUGGCCACUGUAGACCCUUCUCUUAUUGGACCAAAAACCCAGAAAGAGAUCAGAGAAAGGUGCAUGCCCUGCAGAGUCGAAGAUAAUGAUGCUACAUCAAUAGAAGCCCCGCCCCACCUCACUACUCCAACAUCAACGAGCUUAAGCUCAUAGGUAUAAAUAUAUUCGCGAAAAGCAGCCCAAUAACUCCAGUUUUACAUCAUUCUGUCGCAUGUCACAAUUUACUUCAUCUUCUUGUGUCAGCACACAUGUAGAAGUUUGCAAUUUCUUUCCUCAAAUCCCAAACCCUUUCCAGAACUUUUGCUCGCUCACAGGAAUUCAUCUCAAGCAUGAAUCUGAAAUUUGCCUUGUCUUCUUUCAAGUUGAGCAUGUUCCAUUCCUCCUUGAGCCUUGUGUGUGUAGCGCCGAGAGCUUUAAUGGUAUUGAUAAACCUUCCUUCUUUCUCACUCAAACUUACGCCCAUGUUUGAUCUCAUGUUGGCGAAUUGUUGGAGUUCUUCCAAAGCCUGGGAAGGGUCGGUUGACACAAACACGUUUGUAAGUUGGGCGACGAAAUCCCUCUCUGGUGGAAAAUUGGGUACUGCAGAGCUAGAAUCAUCAAUCCUGAAAUCUCCUGCGAGUACAUGAGUGAUUCUGUCGAUCAGAAGCUCCAAUCGAGAAGCGUUUUCGGAAGUCAUGGCGUUCUGUAGUAGUCGUUCGCCUUGUUGUAUCAAGCUCAAAAUUUUAUUGAUUCUUUCAGUAACGAUAUCGAAUUGAGUCCUUUGUUGCUCGAUCCAAUCUUCGACUAUGGGAAAGAGAGAUUCAAAGGUGUUGCUGAUGUGUUCGC